GUUUCAGAGCCCGGCUAUGAGUAAUCUACCUACACUGUUUCGGUCCUACAGGUGAUGAGGGCAUUGCUUGCAGAGAUGUGCCUGGAGAUUGUGCGGUUUGUAUCUGAGGCCAUCCUGGAGGUCAUCAUCCCUGCAAUUUUCCGUUUUGUACGGAUAUACAGCCAUGUGUCUCCAGUAUCCAGCAAGUCUCUGACAGAAUCAGAGAGAUCCUCUAGCACAAACCUGAAGGUUCGCAAGAGAGGCAGCAGCAAAUCCUCAAGGUCUUGCACGGCCAAAUCAAGCUCCUCACGUAAUGGGUCUCAGACAGUGUUGCCAAAUACUCAGGGAGAUGGUGAGUCUAUAUCAUCUGAGCCACUCAGGGACUUUUUUGGGAUUACUGAGGACAGUCUCCUCACUGGUGUCCAGGAUUCCUUCAAAGAGUCGCUGAACAAUGUCCUCUGUAUCCAAAGAGAGGACCAGGUAGACACUCAAAGUCUAUCCCGGGUUAUUGUUGGAGAAGUGUCAAAGAAGGUCAAUUCCAUAAUCUCUGUGGCCAUCCAAACUCCCAUCUCUGGCCGAAUGUCCCCUGUUAUUUUUGCCAGUGGUGGUGUCUCCAGAACCAAGGUUGUUGAGGAGAUGGUGUCUGGCGUUUCCAACAUACUUCAGAUGUAUAUUAAUGGGAAGAGUGUUGAACAGAUUGUUGUUCUCAGAGAGGAUGGUAUUGAGGUGGAUAUGACACAUUUAACAGGACAGGUCAUGACAGCCCUCAGUGGCACUGUUUUGAACUUCAGCAAUAAGGAAGAAAAUGACCCCGACAAGAGGGAACUGCUUUGUGUUGUUGCUGACCAUAUGAAGAUGCUUGAAGCUUGUAAAAGUCCUGAGGAGAUGCUAAAACAAGGAGAGAGCAACCUCAAUAUCAAAGGUGCCAAAUCUAGUCUUCGUCUGUCAACACAAAGUAUGGAUAGACUACUCACUGAGGAGUUUCAGACCAAGGCCACUGAAUCGAUCCGGGAGAUUGUUAAAAUAUUCAGGGGUUGUACAUCAUGUUGUUCUGGCACUACAUCAUAUUGUCCAACUCCUAGGAUAGGUGAGAUCAGAGACCUUAUGAUUGACCCUGAGGCCUCUGAGUUGGUAAGUACCUUUGUUUCAGACAUGGACAAUCUUACCCAGUCUAUCAGGGCAUCCUGCUCUCCUGCACAGAGUGAGCAGAUCCUUCUUGAAAACCAUCAGAGUAAGAUCUGGUCUUACACUGUUGGCUGUUACUACGACAUGAAAAAUACGCUGAAGAGGAUUCUUACCUGUCCAGAAAAAGGGUAUCUCGCAAGUACAUUUGUGGAGAGCACAAAAGAUUAUUUCACAAUGGUUCCAACUUUGUGCCUAGACAUCUCAUUCCAGUAA